AUGGCUGUGAAAUGGGACCAAAUAUAUAUGAAAGCAAAUAGAGGGUGGAUGAAGAAUGGUGUAAGGUUUACUCAUGCAGCAAAGCAGGUACCUUUCAGUCUAUUCUUCAAUAAUUGGCUUCAUCAGCAACCAUGGGAAAUCAAGAGUUUCACAAUGGAUGCCAAGAGGGAAGAAGCUUGGGAUGUAAAAAAGGAAACCUCUCUCAACUUUCAAACAAAAAACCACGGAAUCAUGGGACCCUGGCUAAGCAUGCCUUUUGGAAUACACUCCUAG